CAAUGAUAUGAAGCCAAAUGACACAACGAUUCUGCAAUAGCUAGGCUCUUUUUGCGUGACACUAUUUAGAGCUAAAGGUGAUGGUUUUUCGAUUUAAGGAACAAGUGUACGCGAAAGUACUGUCACAGUGGGACUUGAACUUGCACGACAUUUCGUCUACGGAGUCCGACACAGUGGAUCAAGACUGGGGAGAGGUCGAGAGGCAGAGUCACAUCGUUGGUGUUGCACCAAUCAGAGGCAAGGCAGAGGUCAAGGGCUUUUCUGGAAGCGGGACACGCCCUAAGUGGCGGAGAUGACGGUCUCUAUCUGCUGCACCACCUGGGCCAAACUACCUCUCUGGUGGCUUGUGAUAAUUGUCGUUGCUGGACAGACCGUAAUGGGGGGGGACCAACCGGAGGAACCCUGUGGGGGGCGGGACUGUUCCACCUGCCAGUGUUUCCCUGCCAAAGGAGCCCAGGGUGUUCCAGGAGCUUUAGGACGACAGGGGCCUCAGGGGCCACCAGGGUUCCCGGGACCCCAUGGGCCUCUUGGAGAGAAGGGACUUCGAGGAGAGGAGGGCUUCCCUGGCGUAGCUGGACCGAAGGGAGACGUGGGUAUCGCAGGCGUACCAGGAUAUCCUGGACUAGAUGGUGUCCCGGGUCACCCAGGGCCGGGGGGUGUUCCUGGUCUUCCAGGGCUAGAUGGCUGUAACGGGACCAGAGGGGACUCUGGUUUCCCUGGAAUCCAUGGUCUGGACGGGCCUGAUGGGGGAGUGGGUUUCCCAGGGAUCAAAGGAGUGCAAGGGGACCCCACCGUUCAGUUAAUCCAGUACCCCGGUAUACCUGGUGAUGUCGGCCCUGCUGGGGUUCCUGGACUACCUGGCUUCCAAGGCAUUAGCGGCCCUAGGGGACCUACUGGACCAGUUGGUUUGGAUGGAUCAGAUGGUUUAACUGGUUCACCUGGCCUGAGAGGUCCGCCUGGAGAGAAAGGAAGAUCGUUGCCAGGACAGAAAGGAGAUGAAGGAGACCAGGGUACCCAAGGACCCCCAGGACCCUUUGAGUUUGUCGACCCCCCAGAAGACUACUACAUCAAAGGAAGCAAGGGGAGGAGAGGUGUGAAGGGAGUGUGUGGACCCAGGGGAAGUGAUGGAUUCGACUCAAUCCCAGGAAUAAAAGGAGAAAAGGGAAUCAUCGGAUUUCCUGGAGUCAGGGGUCUUCCUGGAUAUCCUGGCUUGCCUGGGCCACCUGGAGUAAAGGGGAUUCUCGGGAGCCCUGGCCUACCUGGUCUGAUAGGAACAGAGGGACCCAAGGGGUUCCAAGGAGAUCUAGGUCCCAAAGGACUGACAGAGUUCAGGCAGGUUAAUUAUACAGACUCCUAG